UUUAAUACAAACGUUGGAGCAAUGAAUGAAGGGAGUUUAUAUUUUUACCUCAUUUACCUUUUAUCGAUUUACUCAACAGAAUCUGCCAGCCUGUAGACCUGCAUUGACACCAACCUUGGUAAUAACUGUAUUUCUGUUGAUCGGAAUUACUUUUCUGCCGUUUGGAAUUAUAUGCUUUCGUGCCGCAGAAAGUGUUGAUGAACUUGUGCUGCGAUAUGACACUGAAUGUAUACCUGAAAAUUAUAGAGGCAAUAAAGUAGCCUACAUUAAGGAUGACUCGAUCUCUAAAAUGUGUACAUUAACAGUAAAGCUACGAAACCAAAUGAAAGCACCAAUAUAUGUCUAUUAUGAACUAGAUAACUAUUACCAAAAUCAUCGAAGGUAUGUAAAGAGUAGAAGUGAUAGACAGCUUCUUCAUGGAUUGCAGUACAAGGACACUAGUUCCUGCAGACCCAUAGAGUCGAGCAAUGGUCUCCCUGUCUUACCUUGUGGGCUAAUUGCAUGGAGCUUGUUUAAUGAUACGUUCACAUUUGAUGUCAAGGCUGGAAAGUUAAACGUCAACAGGAAGAAUAUUUCUUGGAAAAGUGACCGAGAUCACAAGUUUGGCAAUGAUGUUUACCCAUUUAAUUUCCAGAAUGAUACCUUAAUCGGCGGAGGAAAACUUGAUCCAAGUAUUCCUCAGCUGAGCGAACAGGAGGACCUCAUUGUUUGGAUGCGUGUAGCUGCACUACCCAAUUUUCGGAAACUUUAUGGUGUGAUUGAGAAUGAUAUAGAUGCUGAUGAAGUUAUCACGAUUCAACUUUCUAAUAACUACAAUACUUACAGUUUUGGUGGGAAGAAAAAACUGGUUCUGACGACUUCAAACUGGCUGGGAGGCAAAAAUAAUUUCCUCGGCUUAUCCUACAUUGCCACAGGUUUCUGCAGCAUUCUAGUCGCCAUUCUGUUUGCGUUAAUUCAUGUGAAAUUCCCAAGGUACAUUUUACUUAUCCUUGUAUCAUAACAUAUUUGAUAUUCA